AUGUCCAUCCAGCGCAAGGUAUUUCUGCCACGGUCGCUGCAACAGCCUAUCGAGAUACAGGCGCGCGACGCAUUCCUCGCCCACUAUGUCGCGCCCGUCUCACGCGGCUGGGAUUUCCUCGCAUCCUUCUCCAUCACUACCCCAUCCUAUCUACUUUCCAGUCUGGAUGCUGUGAGCCUAGCAUAUCUGGCCUACCUGCAGCACUCUCCAUCAAUCUUGGGCCAGGCCAGGUCACAAUACUCGACGGCACUGAGCUUAAUGAAUAAGGCGCUUCUGCCGGCUUCAAAUGCGGCGUCCAAGUACAGCAUGCUAAGGGGCUCUAUGCUUUUAGAUCUCUUUGAAAAGAUCACACAUUCGGGUCCCAGCAAAGUGGAGUUUUGGCGCAGCCAUAUCGAUGGGUCUUUGGCCCUGAUACAGGCUUUGGGCUUGGAUUUUUUCCGGGACUACCCGUCCCUGCGCAUCCUGUCUCGGCUUGUUACCAACUGUAUUAUCUCGUGUGUGGCGAGCGCGACUGCUGUGCCGCAGCAGCUGAUUGAAGUGCGCGCACAUCUUACUCGACAGGUGAACCCAGAAGACCCCAAGUGGAAGCAUUCCACUAUCAUGAUCGAAUAUGCAGCCUUUCGCGAGGCACUCAGAAGAUCGCUUUGGACUUUGCCUGAGUACAUCGUCGUUAUCCAAGAUAUUGACCAGAGACUUUUGGAUCUGUCCCAGAAUAUGCCAGAGGACUGGGAGCCCGAGGUACACGCCCUAGACUUGUCCACCGAGAUCCCCAAUCGCCUGCUAUUCUACCGAGACCGCCAUGUCACCCAAAUGGUGAAUGCUCUCCGGCUCGUCCGAAUUCUUCUGAAUGAAUUUCUCCUAGAAAGUUAUCAGAAGCAAGAUGAUAUUGACAGUCGACUGUUCGACGAGCCAGCCAUCCGUACAAUCACAUCAUUAAUCGAUGACAUCUGUGCCAGUAUCCCUCAAUACGUGCGCUGUCAAUGUCAGUUCCCCACAAGGCCACAGCAGCAUUCACCAACCCAUACUCUUGACUGCCAUCGGCUUCUUUUCCCACUCUAUGUCGCUGGACGAUCGAAAUGGGCUUCUCUGAAGCAACGAGACUGGAUAAUGCAGCAACUGCGUCAUAUUCAUGCUCACUUUGGUGUUCACAACGCGUCGGUCUUGGUGCAGCUAUUGGAAUCCCAAGCGAAUAUCGAUCCGUGGAAUAUAUAUGCCAUGCUGGGAAGCUAUGGAUUCGCUGCAUGA